AUGCGUCUCACAUCUCUCAUUGUUACUGGAGUGGCAGUCACAGUGGUAAAUGGCUUGAGCUUCAUUGAAGCUCGUAACGCUGCUUUCGAAUAUGUCUCAUCAUCCAUCGAGGUCUUCAAGCGUGCUGUCCCUGAACUACCUAAGCGCGAAGUGGUUCCAAGAAAGAACAAUUGCCCCGCCAUUUGGACAACCAUCGUCAGCGAUCUCAAUACCAUGUUCCUCGGCUCAGACGGACAAUGCAAUGAUGAUGCUCGGGCUGCUAUCAGAGAAUGUUUCCACGACUGCGGAACCUGGGACAAAACCCAAGGCUCCACCGGGGGAUGCGACGGUUCCCUGAUCCUCGCCUCCGAAGCCUAUAACCGCGCGGAAAACGGCGGUCUACAAAACAUAUCCACCAAACUAACCGCACUCUCCCAAAAAUACCCCUCCGUCUCCAUUGCGGACCUAAUCAUUGUCGCCUCCUCCGUCGCAAUCGUGACCUGCCCAGGCGGACCCCGCGUGCAAACCUACGUCGGCCGCAAAGAUUCCAGCACUCCAGCACCCAACGGCAGGCUUCCAGAUGCCCAUGCAGACGCCGCGUCGCUGUCCGUGUUAUUCGCAAACAAGGGCUUCGACGCCGUUGAUCUCGCCGCACUCAUAGGCGCGCAUUCCACCAGCAAGGCAUUCACACAGCCCGAUAUGCCAUUCGGCGCGGCCCAAGACAGUACCCCGGGCCUCUGGGACAUCGAUUACUAUGCGCAGACGCUGAGCACGGUGGCGAAUGUGUUUAGUUUCCAGGCGGAUCGGAAUCUGGCGGGUGAUGCGACGGUGGGGAAGGAGUUCAAGGGGUUUGUGGGGAAUAAGGGUAAGUGGAAUGGGAAGUUUGCGGAUGCGAUGGCGAGGAUGCAGUUGCUGGGGGUGCCGGGGGGGAGUAAGAAUCUGUUGGAUUGUACGAACGUUAUUCCGAGGGGGACGAAUAAUAAGAGGGAGAUGAGGGCGGCGCCUAUUAAUGAUCGGAUUAGAUAG